AUGGAGAAUAAUAAACUUCCAAGAAUCGUCUUGGGCUGUGGAACAAUGGGUCCUCCAGGUACUAAUUGGGCAAGAGUUACUACUGUAGCAGAUACUAGAGCGAUGUUCAAAACUUUUCAAUCGUACGGUCAUACUGAACUUGAUACUGCACGAUUAUAUAGCGAUGGUAAACAAGAAGCUUUUACACGAGAAACAGGCAUACUCAGUGAAAAUGCAUAUAUGACUAUUGCUACGAAAGUGUAUCCAACGGAAGCCGGUAUGCACAAACCAGAAAGAUUACGUCAGCUGUUUGAAACGAGUCUUCAAGAAUUAGGCCAACAAUCAGUAGAAAUUUUUUAUCUUCAUGCACCUGAUCGUAGUGUUCCAUUUGAAGAAACUCUUGAAGAAGUUAAUAAAUUUCAUAAAGAAGGUAAAUUCAAAAUAUUUGGAUUGAGUAAUUAUGCUGCUUGGGAAGUAGCUAAAAUUACUGAAAUUUGUAUUUCUAAACAAUGGAUUCGUCCAACAGUUUAUCAAGCUAUGUAUAAUGUUCUGACACGUGCUUUGGAAGAAGAACUUGUACCUUGUUGUCGACAUUAUGGAAUUAAUAUUCUUGCUUACAAUCCGUUAGCUGGUGGUGUUCUGUCUGGACGAUAUAAAUCAGCAUCGCAAAUUCCAGAUAAAGGUCGUUUCGCCGAUGUUGAAGGAAAUAUUUCAGCUAAACUGUACCGUGAUCGAUAUUUCAAAGAUGCUUAUUUCGAUGCUCUUAAUUAUAUAACACCAGUAAUAGAAAAACAUGGUCUUACACUUAUUGAAACAGCAUAUCGAUGGCUUUUACAUCAUUCAAAAUUACGUCCUUUCGAUGGUGAUGGAAUUGUUAUUGGAGCAAGUAGUAUUGAACAAUUAGAAUCAAAUUUAAUAGAUUUACAAAAAGGACCACUUCCAGAUGAAGUUGUUCAAGCAUUGGAUGAAGCAUGGAGU